AUGGAAGACUGGGUUUACUGUCUCUCUCUUUUUUGUGCGGUGUUUUCUGCAAGAGUCCUUGGUUUUCCAGGUGGAAAUAUCAGUGAAGCUUGUGGUUCUAUGUUACCUAGUCAUGGUAACUUUGUUUCACAAACUACCGCAGCACCUUACAGGAUCUCCAUAUCCAGCACUUCAUUUGACCCAGGAAACAAGAUCAUAGUGACUCUAGAAGGAAUUGACAGUUCCACUUUUAAAGGAUUUUUACUGCAGGCCCGAGCAGUUAGUGGAGAUGGUAUUGUUGGUACUUUUCAAAUCAUAGAUCCAAACACGCAAGGUCUUUUGUGUAACCAAGUUCAGAAUUCUUCAAUGAGUCACACAAAUAGCAACAGCAAGCAAAAUGUAACAGCAAUUUGGGUAGCACCAUCAGGCACAGGAAAUGUACAGUUCAGAGCAACUGUUGUUCAGAAUGUGAGUGUUUUCUGGGCUGAUGUCAGAAGUCAAACUCUUGUGUCUUCCAGCUCCUCUGUUGACUCAACCUCUGGACGUGAAGGCUGUGGCACACAGAAGUUUUGUUUCAUCAGCCCCACUGGGUGUAAUCUGGAUGAUCCAAAUUGUUAUUUCAUGUCUUCUGAGUCACUAGGUGAUGACGCUUUUAAAUUUGAAAUGAGCGGCCUUUCUGAUGGAUAUAUAGCCAUUGGGUUUUCUGAUGAUACACAAAUGGGGAAUGACGACAUUUAUAUCUGUGGUAAGAAUGCAACAGGACAAAUAGAAGUUCAACGUGCCUUUUCAACUGGACGAACUAGUCCCGACAUUUUGCCUCUGGGUAAUGUUCAGACCAUAAUGACUUCCUUUAACAAUGGAAUCAUCAACUGCUCUUUCAUUUCAAGUAAUCCCAUAUCGACUCAGUUAAAAGCUGCCAGCAAUUUGUACUUCAUAUUUCUGGCCCAGGGACCAUCAUCAGCUGGACAGAUACAGAAGCAUCCUACGACACCCUUUAUCACUCCUCAGAAAGUGAACAUUUCAAGCUAUGAAGCAGUUGGUAGCACCAGUUCUACACCUUCUAUUAUUAAGGCUCACGGGGCCCUGAUGCUGAUAGCCUGGAUGACCACAGGAAGUAUAGGAAUGAUAUUUGCUAGGUAUUUGAAGAAUGCUAUCGGAAAAACUCUCCUUGGCAAAGAUAUUUGGUUUCAGAUUCAUUUGUCUCUGAUGGUGAUAACCGUCGCAGAAACAAUAACUGCUUUCGUACUGGCCUUUGUAGCAGUAAUGGGAUGGGCUGAUGAUGCAGAAGCCCAUGCUGUCAUCGGAUGCAUUGUCAUGAUUCUUUCUUUCUUUCAACCAGUCAUAGCUUUUUUUCGGCCUUCUCCUCAAAGUAAAAGGAGAUUUAUUUUUAACUGGUUUCAUGCUCUAAAUGCUUUUGUCAUAAAAGUCUUGGCUGUUGCUGUCAUAUUUCUGGGACUGCAGAUGCUUGACCCCUCUCCCAGCCGAUGGAUGGUCAAAACUAUGGGAGGAUUUGUAGGAUGGGAGGCAUUAGUGUACAUAAUGCUUCAUGUAAAUGCUUGGUUGAAAAAGAAAGAGAAAUAUGAAGAUUCACAUAGGAAGAUAAAAAAUGAAAUGAUUCUAUUUUUAAUAUAUAUAUGUGGAAACCUGGCAUUUUUAAUAGCACUGCUUGUGGGAAUUGGAAAAUCCUAAAAUGGACGGAAUUUAUCUUGGAGGAAUGAAGAUUAUUCCUAUCUUGAGAUGCUUCUAGAGUAAAUACAAAGAAACAAUGAACACUGAAUAGAUGUUUUAGCAAGUUUUUAAUUUUGUUUGUUUAUAAAUAAUAUUUUAGGUUCUCUAAUUGACACAUUAUCAUUUUCUACGCAAUAAUUGAAAAUAAUUUUUAUAAAUGAGAUUCCAUUAGCUACUUAUUGGAGAUGUUCUACACAGUAUAAUAUGAUGCAGAUAAUUAUUUCUGACGUGAAAGGUAAGAUGUUUCCAUCGACAAAGGUUAGAAAGGAGUGUAAUAUGAACCAACUGUGAACACCUAGCAUUUAUAUACUGCCUUCUUACCUUUCACGUCUAUUACACUCCUUUCUAACCUUUGUCGAUGUUUCCAUCUUUAACAGGAGAGGAUUUGUUUGUGUAGAGAAAAGAAAGUUGAGGAUCUGAUUUUCAUAUGACUAAUUUAGACUGAGAACUGCACUGGCAAAUCUCUGUGCCCACCAGAGUCCUGUUGACUUCAGGAUUUCAGUGAGGCUCAGUGCAGGCUCAGGGGUCCAUCGGCAAGGUUCCCAGUACAAGGUCAGGGCCACAGAGUGUGUCUACACAGGAACUGGAAGGUGUAAUUCCAGCUCAAGAAGAUAGACCUGUGCUGUCUCUGAUCAAGUUAGCACUCAAAAAAACAGAAGCGUCGUCAUGGCAGAACAAGGUAGCCACACUGAGUACAUACAUACAGGGCCGGCUUUACGCCACCGAUUCCCCAGAAUCAGGCCCCGCACCUAAGGGGGCCCUGCUCCGGGGGUCUUCGGCAGCAUUUUGGCAGUGGGGGGGGUCCUUCGGUGCAGCAGAAGACCCGGAGCAGAUGCCCCGCCACCGAAGUGCUGCCAAAGCCCCAGACCACUGCCAAGUAUUGCAAUCAGGCCCCGCGGGUCAUAAAGCUGGCCUUGCAUACAUAUGGUCUUGGACAGGAUCGUACUUGGGGCAGCUAGCCCAUGCCACUCUCAUGCCACAGGGGCCAUACUUCUCUUUUUUAGCAUGCUAACUUACUUAGAGCUAGCUUAGCUAAGUCUCGAGCUGGAAUUUAUACCUUCCAGCUCCCAUGCACACACAUUUCCAGACUACUGUAGGCUUCUGUUCCCAUUGAUGUCAACCAAAAAAACUCCCUCUGACCUACAUGAUGCAGGAUCCGACCUAUAGUCAGUGCCUGGCUGUGUUCAUGCUUGUUCAGAUUUAUGGGUAUUUCUAAUAUAAUUCCCUGUUUUCAAAUGCUCAUAACUUUCUUUUUUAGUUUGAAAAUAGGAACAUGAGAUUACACAAUGAAACUUUAAAAUGCAGCAAUGUUUUUAAAAUUGUAAAGGUCCCAGAACCCAUGAUGUACUCUAUAUAAGCUUCUUUUUUUAUUAAUUAUAUUUGAUUGUCGUUUUUG